AUGCGCGGAGUGAAGGCGGUGAACCCGCUGAACCUGGCCAACCUGGCCUGGGCGUGGGCCAGCGCGGGGCACCACGGCGAGAUGUCCACCAGGCGCAUGGGGCUCCGCGACCACGAGUUCUUCGAGUGGAUCGCGGGCGCGGCUGUGCAGUGCUCGCAGGCGUUCACGCCGCAGAACUGCUCCAACCUCGUCUGGGGUUUUGCCACGCUGCGCAUCGGCAAUACUGCCCUCUUUGAGCACAUGUCCGACCAGGUCACGGCCUGGCUGGAGCGGGACUUCGACCCGCAGCACCUCUCCAACGUGCUCUGGUCCUACGCGAAGCUCGCCCUCAGGGACCCGAAGAGCUGCGCCCUCUUCGAGGCCGCGGCCGCCGAGGUGGUUCGGCGAGGCGUCGGCUACCUAAGCCGGAGCACCCAGAACAUUUCCAACACCGUCUGGGCGUACGGCGCGCUCCAGGUGGGACCGCCGGCCUUCCUGCACGCCGUGAGCGAGUAUUUGCAGGGUGGCGACUUCUACGCACAGCUGACGCGGACCAGGCCGCUGCCGAAGAGCUCUCGGGCCCAGUUGGCGAUGACCGUGCAGUCGCUACACCGUCUCGGCCUCACGGGCGUCGCCUGGCACCUGUUCGACAGGCUGGCGGCGGACGAGCUGCAAGCCAGCGGGGAGGCGUACAGCAACUGGCUGUUCAUCUGCGGGGACACGGGCGACUCGAGCCGGGAGGUCGCCGUCUGGGAGCACAUGGCGAGGGUCGGGCACACGCGCGGCGUCCAGGCCGCGGUCUGGAACUGCGCGGUGCUGAGGAGCCUGGCGCUGGGCGACACGCGGCGCGCCGCGCUCGCACUGCAGGCCAUCGACGCCGCGGGGCUGUCCACGCCCAUGUCGGAGCACCUGCGGCAGCGGGCCGGUGCGCCCGCGCCGCGCGGUGCGGUGGGCGAGGUCGAGUGGCGGAGGCGCGAGAAGGAAGAGCACGAGUGGGUGACGAACCCGCUCGGAUUCAGCCUGCGGCUGAACAAGGUGGAGUAUCCAGAGAUCGGCACGUUGCACUACAUCUUGAAGCAUGGGGAGAGGCUGAACUUGCCUUCGAUCCACCGCUCGAUCGAGUCGUUCACUCAGGAGCAGGAGCUCUGGCUCAAGCUCGCCGGGGACGAGAAAGGAGCCGUUCUGGACGCGGUAAUCGCAAUGCAUGGGCGCCCGAUGCUCGUGGUGGAGGUGGGCUUAUACGUGGGCUACUCCUCCACUCGCAUGGCAAGCCAAUUGCGAGCUUGGGGGGGUCGCAUAAUCUCUAUGGAGGUGGACCCAUACCAUGCUGCUAUCUGGGGGGCAAUAAGAGGUACCUAG